AUGGCUCCUCCUCAAGCUCAAGACAUCGCCGUCCGUGGGGCGGCAAACCUCUCUCAACAUGAGCUCAGCGUCUCUCCCUCUGCCACAUUCCACAGCCCCUCCUCCAGCUUCCCCCACAGCUUCGGCGCAUCAAACUCAGGACGCCAAGCCGGCGCAAAGAACCUCAAGCCUUUUGAGACGACAGACAUCAAAAUCCUCCUGCUGGAAAAUGUCAACCAGAGCGGCCGGGACAUCCUCACCUCCCAGGGCUACCAGGUGGAAGCCCUGAAGACUUCUCUUCCCGAGGAACAGCUCAUCGAGAAGAUCCGUGAUGUCCAUGUCAUUGGCAUUCGUUCAAAGACGAAGCUGACUGAGAAGGUGCUGAAGGAAGCCAAGAACCUUCUCGUCAUCGGUUGCUUCUGCAUCGGCACCAACCAAGUCGACCUGGACUAUGCAGCCAAGCAUGGUAUUGCCGUCUUUAACUCCCCCUUCGCCAACUCUCGUAGUGUUGCCGAGCUCAUCAUCGGCGAGAUCAUCGUCCUGGCCCGCCAGCUUGGUGACCGCUCCAGUGAGCUGCACCGCGGGACCUGGAACAAGGUCAGCUCAAAGUGCUGGGAGAUCCGUGGCAAGACGCUGGGAAUCAUCGGCUAUGGCCAUAUCGGGGCACAGCUGUCAGUGUUGGCCGAGGCCAUGGGCAUGACGGUCAUCUACUACGAUGUUCUUACCAUCAUGGGACUGGGUACGGCCCGCCAGGUGCCUACUCUUGACGCCCUGCUCGAGGAGGCCGAUUUUGUCACUUGCCACGUCCCUGCUACUCCCGAGACCAAGGGCAUGAUCUCCACGGCCCAGCUCAACAAGAUGAAGGACGGCGCGUACCUGCUCAACGCGUCGCGUGGCACAGUUGUCGAUAUUCCUGCCUUGAUCAAUGCUAUGCGAGGCGGCAAGAUCGCCGGCGCUGCCCUCGACGUCUACCCCAACGAGCCUGCCGCCAACGGUGACUACUUUACCAACGACCUGAACACCUGGGGAGAGGACUUGCGCAGCCUGAAGAACCUCAUCCUCACCCCACACAUCGGUGGAAGCACCGAGGAAGCCCAGCGAGCCAUCGGUAUCGAGGUCGCUGACGCCCUGGUGCGGUACAUCAACCAGGGUCUGACCAUCGGCUCAGUCAACCUUCCCGAGGUGACCGUCCGCUCGCUGACCCUGGAAGAGAGCGACAAGGCGCGUGUUAGCUUCAUUCACAGGAACGUUCCGGGUGCCCUCAAGCAGUGCUACGACAUCCUCAUGCCACACAAUAUUGACAAGGCAACCAGCGAUAGCAAGGGCGAUAUUGCGUACAUGAUCGCAGACAUUAGCGGUGUCCAGAUCAGCGACCUGAGGAAUAUCUCGGAUGAGCUGAACUCCCUCAGCUCGAGGAUCAUGACGCGCAUCCUGUUUUAA